AUGUUUACAGAAGAUACAAGACAGCUGCAAUUCAAAACAGAAAACAGAAGAACCAAAAUAAGAUAUAAAUUAGUAACAUGGAAAAUAACCUUUACUGUCUUCAAUGGAAUUUUCUUGGUAAAAAAAAGUUCUGGGUGUUAUGCUUUGGCAUUUGGUUUGUGGCUUUUAUUUGACAGGAAUAAUUUAUUUUGUGUAUUAUUUUCUUCAGGUGAGAACCAACUGGUGGUGUGUGUUUCUUUUAUGUUACUUGGAGUUGGAUCUCUUAUUAUUUUUACAUCAGUCAUGGAAUUCCUUGGAAAAGUUAAGAAAAUCAGAUGCCUACUAGUUACAUAUGUGUGUUUUCAAGUCCUGGUGUUUUUCACCCAGAUUGCCAUGUCAGCACUGAUAUUUUUGAAGAAAGAAGUGGUCUACCAUCAAUGGAACAACAGAAUUGAUGAAGUUAUUUCUGACUAUGGGAAUAAGAGUCUGGCUGAGAAGGAACCUGUGUGGAAUAUUCUGAAUGCUAUGCAGCAGAAUAUGAAAUGCUGUGGAAGAUACAAUGUCACACAGUGGGAAAAGAAUAAAAACAAGGAAAACCAUGCUCAGGUCCCAUGUUCGUGCACUAAAUCUAACCUGAACAAAUGGUUUUGUGAUAUCCCAAGGAAUUCAACAUAUACUGUGGGUUCUACUCUGAAUUUUAUCAAUGUUUUCUGUGUUGUUUUUUGCCUGUCUUUUCUCCUUCCUCAGGUAGUUGUGAUCACGUUAUCCAUGAAGCUAUUUAUGAACAUCAGAAGGAAUAGUAUUUGGCCAAAUUAA